AUGUUUAAUUCAAAAUAUAUAGUAUUAUUAUUUUCAUUUUACUUUAAUUGGGCGCAAUGCCAUGUUCUCUGGGAAACCACAAAUACUCUGCAGCCGGUACAUGGACUGUUUGUUAAGCCAUCAAUCGAUGGUACUACUGGAGAUCUCUACGUGGCAGCUACAGAAGACGAUGGAGUCAAGUCUCAGUGGUUAACUGAUACACCUGUAAACUUCUUACCUACAACAACUCAAAACCAACCGAAAUCAAUUCCGGUAUCAUACACCUCGAGUGCUACAAAGACGUCAUCACCGAAUGAGGAAACUAUUACGAACCAGAAACAAGCUGUCAUUACCAGUCCUGCAGUAAGAUACGCGUACGCAAUACCCGUUCCAGGGGGUGAAGGAAAUUUCUUUGCUCCCUAUCCCUAUGCUAUUCCAGCAGCUGCAGCAGGUGAAAGUACUAAUACUCCGUAUUGCGCUUCGGAAAAUACUGCGCAGACUUAUUCACCCUUUCCAUAUUUUUAUCCUUCGAUGAUGUCAGCUAUUACUAAUGCGAUGAAUUUUUUCAAAGAAGGUGAGACUGAGGGGGGAUCGCAAAAUAUAUCACCUCAAUCUCCUCCGUACUGGCCUCAUACUUACGGAUAUCCUUACCAGUACAUAAUGAUUGAUCCUAAGACAUGGUCACAAGGACAAAAUAGUGCGCUCGCUUCUACAACACCAACUGAGACCAGCAGUGAGAAUUCUUAA